UAUUUAUACGCAUAAAUUAUAUGUAUGUAUACGGUUCUGUCCAUCAGUGGCGGGAUACUUUCCCAACUAUACUCAACAGUAAUUAUAAAAGUAAUAAAGAAUUGGCAAAAAUAUAAAACAAUGGUGCAAAGGCGAGGUAUGUUGUGUUGUCUGCUUUACCUUGAUGCCUUAUCUGUCAAACUGGAUAAUUCAAGUAGUUGUUUAGAUACAAUUAAUAGGAACAAUUUCAUUUAAAUCAUUAAGAACAUGGCACAUUGGUUUCAUCGUAAUGUAUUAAAAGCAACAACAAACCAAAAAUUUGAAUUGAAAAUAGCUAAUCCAACUGAUGCUACAAGAAAACUGUGCAGUGAUUUAAAACUAUCAAGAAUUCGCCUUUUAGAUGUAAUAAAAAAUCCAAAUAAUUCCAGCGAUACCAUAGAACCAGCUUUUCAUAGCUAUUUAAGUUUAUUAUAUGGAUUUAUAUGGGAGAUAAAUUCAGUAGCAGAACAAGAUCAACAUGUUGGCAGGCCAAAUCCUAGUAAACUCAGAAAUGUUCUUAUAUAUAAGUGGACACAGACAUUAUUGGGAACAAACACUUAUUCUAGUGCUGAUUCUGUUUAUGAAGCAGCUAAUAUGAGUGUAAAUGUAGGACUUUGGUUUAUGAAACAUGCUGCAAUGUUAGCUGCUAAAGAUGACAUAAAUAUGAACGAAGCAAAAGAUGUACAUACAAUGCUAAGAAGGGCUGCAGGAAUAUUUACUUUUGUACAAACAGAAUUUUUACCACAAUUGGCAAAUCCUCCACCAUUAGGAAGUGAUUUAGAUCCACGAAUAUUAAAUGCAUACGUGAAUCAGUGUACAGCAGAAGCACAAGAAGUGACUGUAGCAAGAGCAGUGGAACUAAAGCAUAAUGCCAGUUUAAUAUCAGCUUUGGCUAAUGAAACAAGUAAAUUAUUUCUGGAUGCAGCUAAUACAUUACGUUCGUUUAAAUCAGAAAUAACAGGUCAAUGGAUUAAAUAUUUAGAAUUUAAAGCAGCAUUUUAUCAAUCUUAUGCUUAUAAUUAUUGUGGCGAAAAUUUAUUGGCUAUGGAUAAAUGUGGGGAAGCAAUUAAAGCUUUACAAGAAAGUGAAGCUUGCUUAAAAAAGGCGAAAAUAUUAUGUCAAGAGUAUGGAAAAAUAAAUGGUCCGGCACCUAAAGUAAAGCCAGAUGAACAUGCUGUAUUCAAAAGAUUAGCCCCUAUAGUAAAACUUACUCUCGACAAAUGUAACAGAGAGAACGGUUUAAUUUACCAUCAUAAAAUACCAGGAGAAAUUCCAGUAUUAGAUACCAAAGCCACAUUCGGUUUAGUGAGUCCUAUCGAUUUUCAAAUGCAAUCAUAUCAUCCUGUAUGGAAUUUGGAUGUAUAUAAAACAUUAUCAGGCUUAACUUCGGCAAAAGUUGAAAAAGAACAAAAUUUACCUCCUGUCAAGGAGGAUGAAAUUCAUCACAGCACUAAAGACCCCAAAAAUGCAAGUGGUUGUAUAUUACAAUAGGCUUCGCUAAUGCAGCAAUAUGAGUAGUAAAUUAAAUUUACUACUUUUUUAUUCGAAUAAUUUUAAAUGUUACUAUAACAUUAAAAGCUUAAUUUAUUUAAAAGAAAAGUGUAUAUGUACAAAUUAAUCAUUUAGUAUUUAAUUAGCAUCUGAAUAUUUUUAUUUAUAUAUGGAGUACUAUGCACAGAUAGUAUAUAUUUUUAAUCAAGAACUACUGCAGCAAUUAAAUCACUGGUAUAAGUGAAAACAGUUUUAUAUACAUGUUUUUGUUUGUAUAUUUGUUAAAAUUUUCUUUUCUUUUGUUAACAAUGUGCAAUACUCAUUAAAAAAAUAUUGUAUAUGUGAUUUGUUGUGUUUAGUAUUUGUACAUUAACUGCUAUAAAAUUCAAAUUGUCAGUCAUGAGUUUUGUAUUAUUUGAAUGUUACUAUAAAUCAGUAUUUGAAAAGAAACAUUCAUUCUGCAAUAUAUGUUUAUUUAUUGUAACUUAUUUUACAAUAAAUAUAAUAAUGAAAGAUAAUUUUAGGGAAUAUUCACAUAUUGAGGUGUGACUGUUUUUAUAUGAAAUAUUUGAUACAUCACAUAUAUCUUUUUUCAACAAAGUAUUUUGAGUAUUCAAAGCAAAUAUUGUAAGCACCGUAUAAAGAAAUUUUAUAUCUACAAAAACUGUAGAGAUUGAUUGUAUUAUAGUUAAUAAGCUUGCGUAGUCACUGAAGCAGUGACUAUCUGUAGUCACUGCUUGCUUUUUAUUUACACACACCAUAAUUCAAUCAGAGCUUCUAAUUACCCUUAAAUUACAUUUGAUUAUUGUUACUGAUAAUGUAACUAUUAUUAAUUAUAUUAAAUGUGAGUUUGAAAA